AUGAAGAUACAGCUAACAAUGCUACUGCAAAGAUCUCCUUUGUCUCUGGUUAAUGACGUUUACAUGAUAACAAACCCCCCAGCUUGCAGGAAUAAGAAACUGGACAAAACAUCUAUGUUCAAGCUCUGUUUAAAAAAAAUGAAAAGCCAACUGCUGCUCUGUGACCUUACUUUGAACUUCAGUCAUCCUGUGAAGACCACAGUUUCAAGGGAGGUAGAAGAAAAGAAAACAGAUUUUGAGGAAUUACAUAAUUCCAUCAGGUUCCAUGCUGAUGCUUCCAUUAACAAUUCUUCUCUUUGA